AUGGCACAAGCCAUGCAUGCCAUGAUGAGUGGUGGUCCAUUACCACCAAAUUGUUAUAUUGUAGCAAUACCUAUGCAACAAGCUCAACAUAUGUUUCCUCAAUUACUGAUGAAUUAUACACCUAAUCCAGGUGGUUUAAUGAUGUUUGGUCAAAAUUCAUCUUAUUUCGGUCGUCCAUAUCCACCAUCAUCAUCAUCCGCUUCAGCAGGUUCAUAUCCAGACAGUCAACAAACAAAUGCUGUUGUACCUUAUUCAAAUUAUUAUGCACAAGGUUAUAAUCAAAAUUAUAGUUAUCCUCCUAGUGCUCAAUAUUCUGAAUCUGAUGGUUCAUCAUCACAACAAAGAAAGCCACCGAGUCGUACAAAUAAAAAGAAAAAUUCUGGACCACAUUCAAAUGUUUAUAAUUCAUCAUCAUUUGAUUCUUAUAUGCGUAAUUUAAGUUGGAGUCGUUUAUUUGAACGUCAUCAUACGAAAGAACCAAAAAAAGAUCAAGCUGCAUUAAGUUAUGAUCAAAAAUCGAAAUCAUCAAAUAAACAACCAAGUCAUUCAGAUAAUUCAUCAACAUUAUCAUCAUUAACAUCAUCUAGUUCAUCAUCAACAACAAGUGAUGAAACUAUUCGACGAGUUGACGUAUCAACAAAACCACCAUCUGGUACAUCAUCAUCAUCAAAACAACAAACUAAAAGUAGUUUACCAUUUAAAUAUUCAUCAGAAUUUAUUCCUGGUGCUGUUAGCAAAGAACAAGCACAAAAAGCUAAAAAAGAAUCGAAAGUUAAAAUUGAUGAUGUUUUUCUUGUUAAAAAACCACCACCAACUCCACCAUCAUCAACACAACCACCACAACAACAACAACAACAACAAUAA